CUGCGGCGGCCGGGCGCUGAGCGGCGGGGCGGACACGUGGCAGCAGCGGCGGUAGCAGCCCGGGCAGCCGCGGGCCGCUCUCCUUCCCUCCCUCCGAGCCUGCUUCCCGGCGGCGGCCCCAGCGCCCCCGUCUCGGCUCCGCGGGCCCCCGGUCGGCCGGGCGCCGCUCUCUGCUUCUCUAUCUUCCAGCAGAAGGCCGGGCGCGCGGGCGCCGAGCUGCGCCGCCAUGGGGAAGGGGGCUGGACGUGAUAAAUAUGAACCUGCAGCCAUUUCUGAACAUGGAGACAAAAAGGGGAAAAAGGCCAAGAAAGACAGAGACAUGGAUGAGCUUAAGAAGGAGGUUUCCAUGGAUGACCAUAAGCUUAGCCUGGACGAGCUCCACCGGAAGUACGGGACAGACUUGAGCCGAGGCUUGACGACUGCCCGAGCUGCUGAGAUCCUGGCCAGGGACGGCCCCAAUGCCCUGACCCCUCCUCCCACCACUCCCGAGUGGGUGAAGUUCUGCCGGCAGCUCUUUGGGGGCUUCUCCAUGCUCCUGUGGAUCGGGGCGAUCCUGUGUUUCUUGGCGUAUGGCAUCCAGGCUGCUACCGAAGAGGAGCCUCAGAACGAUAACCUCUAUCUCGGCGUGGUGCUCUCAGCAGUGGUCAUCAUCACAGGUUGCUUCUCCUACUACCAAGAAGCUAAGAGCUCAAAGAUCAUGGAGUCCUUCAAGAACAUGGUCCCUCAGCAAGCCCUGGUGAUUCGCAACGGAGAGAAAAUGAGCAUUAACGCGGAGGAGGUGGUCGUUGGGGACUUGGUCGAGGUGAAAGGCGGGGACCGUAUCCCUGCAGACCUCAGAAUCAUAUCUGCAAAUGGUUGCAAGGUGGACAACUCUUCGCUCACCGGGGAGUCGGAGCCACAGACCAGGUCCCCAGAUUUUACCAACGAGAACCCCCUGGAGACAAGGAACAUCGCCUUCUUCUCCACCAACUGCGUGGAAGGCACUGCCCGUGGCAUUGUGGUGUACACCGGAGACCGCACAGUGAUGGGGAGAAUUGCCACCCUGGCGUCAGGGCUGGAAGGUGGCCAGACCCCCAUCGCCGCCGAAAUCGAGCACUUCAUCCAACUCAUCACUGGCGUGGCCGUCUUCCUGGGCGUGUCCUUCUUCAUUCUGUCCCUCAUCCUUGAGUACACCUGGCUGGAGGCCGUCAUCUUCCUCAUCGGCAUCAUCGUUGCCAAUGUGCCAGAAGGCUUGCUGGCCACUGUCACGGUCUGUCUGACCCUGACUGCCAAGCGCAUGGCUCGGAAGAACUGCCUAGUGAAGAACCUGGAGGCUGUGGAGACCCUGGGCUCCACCUCCACCAUCUGCUCCGACAAGACUGGAACCCUGACCCAGAACCGGAUGACGGUGGCCCACAUGUGGUUCGACAAUCAGAUCCACGAGGCUGACACCACCGAGAACCAGAGCGGUGUCUCCUUCGACAAGACCUCAGCCACCUGGCUUGCUCUGUCCAGGAUUGCAGGCCUCUGUAACCGAGCUGUGUUCCAGGCCAACCAGGAAAACCUCCCCAUCCUCAAGCGGGCCGUAGCCGGGGACGCCUCGGAGUCUGCUCUUCUGAAGUGCAUCGAGGUGUGCUGCGGCUCAGUGAAGGAGAUGCGGGAGAGGUACACCAAGAUCGUGGAGAUCCCCUUCAACUCCACCAAUAAGUAUCAGCUGUCCAUUCACAAGAACCCCAACACAGCCGAGCCGCGGCACCUGCUGGUGAUGAAGGGUGCCCCAGAGAGGAUCCUGGACCGCUGCAGUACCAUCCUGCUCCACGGCAAGGAGCAGCCCCUGGACGAGGAGCUGAAGGACGCCUUCCAGAACGCCUACCUGGAGCUGGGCGGCCUCGGGGAGCGUGUGCUGGGUUUCUGCCACCUUCUUCUGCCCGAUGAACAGUUCCCCGAGGGGUUCCAGUUUGACACGGAUGAGGUGAAUUUCCCCGUGGAUAAUCUCUGCUUUGUGGGGCUCAUCUCCAUGAUUGACCCUCCCCGGGCAGCUGUUCCUGACGCCGUGGGCAAAUGCCGGAGUGCUGGGAUUAAGGUCAUCAUGGUGACAGGAGACCAUCCAAUCACAGCCAAAGCCAUCGCCAAGGGCGUGGGCAUCAUCUCGGAAGGCAACGAGACUGUGGAAGACAUCGCUGCACGCCUCAACAUCCCGGUGAACCAGGUGAACCCCAGAGACGCCAAGGCCUGUGUGGUCCACGGCAGUGACCUGAAGGACAUGACCUCUGAGCAGCUGGACGACAUCCUGAAGCACCAUACGGAGAUUGUGUUCGCCAGGACGUCGCCCCAGCAGAAGCUCAUCAUCGUGGAGGGGUGCCAGCGGCAGGGUGCCAUUGUGGCCGUGACAGGAGACGGUGUCAAUGACUCCCCGGCUCUGAAGAAAGCGGACAUCGGGGUGGCCAUGGGGAUCGCUGGCUCCGAUGUGUCCAAGCAGGCUGCGGACAUGAUUCUGCUGGAUGACAACUUCGCCUCCAUCGUGACUGGGGUGGAGGAAGGCCGUCUGAUCUUCGACAACUUGAAAAAAUCCAUUGCAUACACCCUGACCAGCAACAUUCCAGAAAUCACCCCCUUCCUGAUAUUUAUUAUCGCGAACAUUCCGCUGCCACUGGGGACCGUCACCAUCCUGUGCAUUGACUUGGGCACCGACAUGGUUCCUGCCAUCUCACUUGCGUACGAGCAAGCAGAGAGUGACAUCAUGAAGAGACAGCCCAGAAACCCUAAGACUGACAAGCUUGUGAAUGAGCGGCUGAUCAGCAUGGCCUACGGGCAGAUCGGUAUGAUCCAGGCCCUGGGUGGCUUCUUCACCUACUUCGUGAUUCUGGCUGAGAACGGGUUUCUCCCAAUUCACCUGCUGGGCAUCCGAGUGGACUGGGAUGACCGCUGGAUCAAUGACGUGGAGGACAGCUAUGGACAGCAGUGGACCUAUGAGCAGCGGAAGAUUGUGGAGUUCACCUGCCAUACGGCGUUCUUCGUGAGCAUCGUGGUCGUGCAGUGGGCUGACCUGGUCAUCUGCAAGACCCGGAGGAACUCUGUCUUCCAGCAGGGGAUGAAGAACAAGAUCUUGAUAUUUGGCCUCUUUGAGGAGACGGCCUUGGCUGCCUUCCUGUCCUACUGUCCUGGCAUGGGCGUCGCCCUCAGGAUGUACCCCCUCAAGCCCACCUGGUGGUUCUGUGCCUUCCCCUACUCCCUCCUCAUCUUCGUGUAUGAUGAAGUCAGGAAGCUCAUCAUCAGACGUCGCCCAGGAGGCUGGGUGGAGAAGGAAACCUACUACUAGUCCUGCACGCCUAGAACCCCGCGCCCCCUGCAUCCGCCACCCCUGUGUACUCAGUCUGGGAACUCAAAUCACCCCGGUAGGCAGCACCGGAGCAUGAGGGAGCCGGACACCCGGGAAUGCAGCAUGUCCCGUAAUGGGGGGCGGGGGGAGGGCUGAAAAACAAACUAAACACCCGAGUGGGGGAAGGAACGAGAGUGGGGAAGGGUUUUACGUGCCUUUUCGUUUUUGUAAAAAGGAAAAUCUGGAAAGACUGAAAGAAUACAUUUUAUAUCUGGAUUUUUACAAAUAAAGAUGGAUAUUACCGUGGA